AUGAAUAUUUUCAAUACUAUUGGAGCUGAAAAACUAGAAGCUUGCAUCCAGGAACACUCACGCAAUGGCAAUGGAAGGAUUGCUUGUAAAGCUGCUAUUCCCUCGUGGUCAUAUGAUUCUGAAAAUGGGAAAUGUGUGAAAUUCAACUACGGAGGAUGUUACGGAAAUGAUAAUCGUUUUAAAUCCAAGGAUGAAUGUGAAGCAACUUGUUUGACUGUUGCUCUUGCAAGGGAUUGUAGAUCAAGACCGGACAAAGGACCUUGUAAUGGACGGAUAACAGCUUGGGCAUAUAAUCCACGAUCAAAGUCAUGUGACAAGUUCUAUUAUGGAGGAUGUGGUGGCAAUCAAAACCGAUACAAAUCUAAGUCCAUUUGUGAACAGAUUUGCAAGCGUUAA